AUGGAUGUACAGUCUGCUUCCUUACCUGGUAGUCGGGUCAAAUUUCGUUCAACUGCGAAAGCAAAAUGCUGUUACAAUCCUGCAGAACAAUUAAAUUACCUCGCACAACAAGAAAGAGUAAGAAUUGAUCUUCGCCGAACAUCGUUACAUGGAAAACCCCUACUUGUCAGACAAUGCAGAACGGACGUGCGCUAUAGACGCCUGCAAGCACAGAUUUAUAAUUUUCUGGAGAGACCGAAAACCUGGAAAUCGAUAACAUAUCAUGUCUUUGUAUUUGCCUGCGUGUUCAUUUGUCUCCAACUGAGUGUGCUAUCUACUUUGAAGGAUUAUGAAAAAAUGGCUGGUAUUACUUUAUUUUAUUUGGAAAUGGCUAUGCUCUUUUGGUUUUUUACUGAAUACUGUAUUCGCGUGUGGAGCGCUGGUUGCCGAUCACGCUAUCAGACAUGGCGGGGAAGACUACGGUUCAUGCACCGGCCGUUCUGCCUUGUCGACGCAACGGUGAUAAUCGCUAGUGUAGUUGUACUCUCGAUGGGAACGGAUAGUCAACGGUUUGCUGCAAGUCCGCUCCGAGGCCUACGGUUUUUCCAGAUUUUGAGAAUGAUUCGAAUGGACCGUCGAGGUGGCUCGUGGAAACUCUUGGCUUCCGUCGUUUGGGCGCAUCGUCAGCAAAAUGGUGGGAUGGGACAUUCUUAUCCACAGGACAUUUUGGCAACAAUGGAUAAGCAAGCUGCACAUAUGCUGGUAGAUUGGUAA